AUGAAUAGUAUUGGCGAAGAAUGUACCGAAUUAAAGAAAAAAUACGAUGAUUGCUUCAACACUUGGUUUUCUGAAAAAUUUUUGAAGGGCUAUAAUGAUGAUUCCGUAUGUUCUGGAAUUUUUAGAGUUUAUCAAGAGUGCGUUAAGAAUGCCAUGAAGCAACAAAAUAUUGAUUUCAAAGAAAUAGAUAAAGAUAUACUUGGCACUGAUAAUGAGAAUAAGGCACCACCUUCAGAUAAUAAUAGUUGA